UGCUGCCGAGCGUUUGCUUGGUGCUACCCCGCGGUGCCUGCCUCGCCUGUCUCGCCUGCCUGCAACAGCACCUUCUCUCAAAUCCAGAGCUCUGUCCAGAGCUAUCGGUCAGUAUAGGUACCUACGAAGUACCUACUUAGGGAGGAUGUAGGACUCCUUCGGGGUCUUCAUUGUUGAACCAAUACCGCUUGUAUUCUUAGUAAUAUACUAGUUAUUUGCUAGUUAGGCCAUGACCAUACAUCAGCUAUCAUUUUAUCAUGCCCUUUUUAUCGCCUGGUUACAUCUUUAGCGGCUAUAAAGUGAUUAUGCCUCAAUUAUAUAGUACCGGUACCUAGGUACCUUCCCCAGCUCACCAAGGGGCCGCCAAGGUCGGGGGUUUCCGGAUCAUUCUGCAGCGGCCGGCUGGACGGGACGGGUAGGUACGUGAAGCUCGUCGACGAAAUUACAGCCGUUAAGAGCCUUGAUUUUUUUGCGCCUUUUAUCAUCCGAAAUCCAACCGCCAGCCGACCCUACCGGCGCACCUUGAGAUCCGGGCUCGACACUCGUUGGCCGAUCGUCUAAAUAUCCAAUUGUUUCAUUCUUUUUUUCUUGUUUCAAUCUGCCGCUCCCUGCACCUCGCCCACAACGUCGCACUCUGCUGCCGUCAUGCUUCGAUCACUUCCACGAGCUCCAGCCGCCGCUGGCCGGUCCCUUGUAGGGCCGAGGAUCGCUCCACGGGCCCUUUUCACAUGUUACUCCAACGUCUCCUCAUCCGCCGCAUCGGCUGCCCCCUCCUCGUCAUCAUAUGCGGCCUCUCCCGUGAAGCCCGCCAGCUUUUCCUCCAAAUCGAACUAUCCCCUCCGCUUUCAAAGGAGUCUCCACGCCACGUCCGUCAGAAUGAGCGCCAACACCAGAACCGAGAGCGAUGCCUUUGGCGAGAUUCAAGUCCCUGCCGACAAGUACUGGGGCGCUCAGACUGAGCGAUCCCUCGAGAACUUCCGUAUCAACCAGCCCCAAGAUCGGAUGCCACCUCCCAUAGUGAGGGCCUUUGGUAUUCUGAAGGGAGCUGCUGCUACUGUCAAUAUGCGAUAUGGACUCGACGAGAAAAUCGGGAAAGCCAUUCAGCAAGCCGCUGCUGAGGUUGCCGAUCUCAAACUCAUUGACCACUUCCCCCUUGUGGUUUGGCAGACCGGCUCCGGCACGCAGUCCAACAUGAAUGCCAACGAGGUCAUUUCAAACCGAGCUAUUGAGAUCCUUGGUGGCACCAUGGGCAGCAAGAAGCCCGUUCAUCCCAACGAUCACGUGAACCGGUCUGCUUCAUCCAACGACACUUUCCCUACUGUCAUGCACAUUGCUGCUGUGCUCGAGAUCGAGGAGUCGCUGCUCCCUUCGCUUAAGAGCCUCCGUGACGCCCUUCAGAAGAAGGUCGAUGAGUUUGAUGCUAAAAACAUCAUCAAGAUUGGACGGACGCAUCUUCAAGACGCCACACCCUUGACACUUGGUCAGGAAUUCUCCGGUUAUGUUGCUCAAUUAGACUUCGGCAUUAAGCGUGUGGAGAGCUCCUUGCCUGACUUGAGGCUCCUCGCACAAGGUGGCACUGCUGUGGGAACGGGUAUCAACACGUUCGAGGGCUUUGCUGAGGGGAUUGCUGAGGAGGUCAGCAAGAUGACUGGCACAGAAUUCAAGACUGCGCCCAACAAAUUCGAGUCUCUCGCUGCCCACGAUGCUAUCGUUCAAGCUUCGGGCUCUCUAAACACCUUGGCCGCAUCGCUUAACAAGAUUGCCCAGGAUAUCCGUUACCUCGGCAGUGGCCCUCGCUGUGGCCUUGGCGAGCUUGUUUUGCCAGAGAAUGAGCCCGGAUCUAGCAUUAUGCCUGGCAAGGUCAACCCAACCCAGUGCGAGGCUUUGACAAUGGUCUGCGCCCAGGUUAUGGGCAACCAUGUUGCUGCCACGAUUGGUGGCAUGAACGGCCAAUUCGAGCUUAACGUCUACAAACCCCUUAUGAUCCGUAACUUGCUUCACAGCGUCAGACUACUAUCGGACGGUAUGCGGUCAUUUGAAAAGAACCUAGUUGAGGGUCUCCAAGCCAACGAGGAGAAGAUUGCUAGCAUUAUGAAGGAAUCGCUUAUGCUUGUUACCUGCCUUAACCCUAAGAUUGGGUAUGAUAUGGCAUCAAAGGUUGCUAAGAACGCGCACAAGAAGGGCCUCACCCUCAAGGAGAGUGCUAUGCAGCUCGAAGCCUUGACAUCGGAAGAAUUUGACACUCUGGUCAAGCCUGAGCUCAUGAUCGGUCCCAAGCCUUACAAGUCCUAAGUCACAGCAUGUUCACCUACGCUGACCGGGACAUGACGACGCUGGUUAGCACUGGAGCACUUAACCUAUACCGUGACCAUAUCUCCUGCUUUAUAAGCUGGUAGUGACCUGGCAGGACGAUAUAGUUGAAAAAGGUGCUAAGAUCUGCACAUCAUAACCUCCAUCAUGAAAAUAAGGUGUAAAAAUAGUCAUGUAAUCUACAAAAACACAAUAAAAUCUCUCAGACUAUACACGAAAAAA